CAUAGUUUAUAGGUAUUCACGUCUCAAGUCCAAGGUGUUAUAAGACGGCCAUCAAAAUAUGCCAUGGGGAUAAGGAGAAUCAUUUGGGAGAAAAGGAAGUUGUAUGGAGGAGGAAUGAGUUGCUAUGAUGGAAGUCAGAGGGAAAAAAAAUUCACAGGAAAAGGUACAAAGACAUCACAAGAGAAAAACAGACUUCAUAAAAACAAUGAUUCUGGUUCUUCGAAGACAUUCCCAAAAAAAGUUGUUAAGGAAGGUGGACCUAAAAUCACAGCUAAGAACUUCGAGAAAAAUGCCACAAAACCUGGGAAAAAAGGUGUGAAGCAGUUCAAGAAUAAGCAGCAAGGGGAUAAAGUACCAAAGAACAAAUUCCAGCAGGCGCGUAAGUUCAACAAGAAGAGAAAAUUCCAGCCAGACAGUAAAAAUGAAUCAGCAGCCAAGAAGCCCAAAUGGGAUGAAUUCAAAAAGAAGAAGAAAGAGCUGAAACAGAGCAGGCAACUCAGUGAUAAAACCAACUAUGACAUUGUGGUUCGGGCAAAGCAGAUCUGGGAGAUCCUAAGAAGAAAAGACUGUGACAAAGAAAAAAGAGUGAAGUUGAUGAGUGAUUUGCAGAAGCUGAUUCAAGGGAAAAUUAAAACUAUUGCCUUUGCACAUGAUUCAACUCGAGUGAUCCAGUGUUACAUUCAGUAUGGCAAUGAAGAGCAGAGAAAACAGGCUUUUGAAGAACUGCGAGGUGAUUUGGUAGAAUUGAGUAAAGCUAAAUAUUCCAGAAAUAUUGUUAAGAAAUUUCUCAUGUAUGGGAGUAAAGCACAGAUCGCGGAGAUAAUGAGAAGUUUUAAAGGCCACGUGAGGAAGCUGCUGCGGCACGCGGAAGCGUCAGCCAUCGUGGAGUACGCCUACAAUGACAAAGCCAUCUUGGAGCAGAGGAACAUGCUGACAGAAGAGCUCUAUGGGAACACGUUUCAGCUCUACAAGUCAGCAGAUCACCCAACUCUGGACAGAGUAUUAGAGGUACAGCCAGAAAAACUAGAGCUUAUCAUGGAUGAAAUGAAACAGAUUCUAACGCCCAUGGCCCAAAAGGAAGCUGUGAUUAAGCACUCACUAGUGCAUAAAGUAUUCUUGGACUUUUUUACCUAUGCACCCCCAAAGCUAAGAUCAGAAAUGAUUGAAGCCAUCCGAGAAGCGGUGGUGUACCUGGCGCACACGCACGAUGGCGCCAGAGUGGCCAUGCACUGCCUGUGGCACGGCACGCCCAAGGACAGGAAAGUGAUUGUGAAAACAAUGAAGACUUAUGUUGAAAAAGUGGCUAAUGGCCAAUACUCCCAUUUGGUUUUACUGGCGGCAUUUGAUUGUAUUGACGAUACUAAGCUGGUGAAGCAGAUAAUCGUAUCAGAAAUCAUUAAUUCCUUGCCUAACAUAGUAAAUGACAAAUAUGGAAGGAAGGUCCUGUUGUAUUUACUAAGCCCCAGAGAUCCUGCACACACGGUACGAGAGAUCAUUGAAGUCCUGCAGAAAGGAGACGGAAACGCACACAGUAAGAAAGACACAGAAAUCCGGCGACGAGAGCUCUUGGAGUCCAUUUCUCCAGCUUUGCUAAACUACCUUCAGGAACACGCCCAAGAGGUGGUGCUGGAUAAGUCCGCGUGUGUGCUGGUGUGUGACAUCCUGGGAGCGGCCAUUGGAGAUACCCAGCCUGCCAUGAAUGCCAUCGCCAGUUUGGCGGCAUCAGAGCUGCAUCCUGGUGGCAAGGAUGGAGAGCUUCACAUUGCAGAGCAUCCUGCAGGACAUCUAGUUCUGAAGUGGUUAAUAGAGCAAGAUGAAAACAUGAAAGAAAAUGGAAGAGAAGGCUGUUUUGCAAAAACACUCGUAGAGCAUGUUGGGAUGAAGAACCUGAAGUCCUGGGCUGGUGUAAAUCGAGGGGCAAUUAUUCUUUCUAGCCUUCUCCAGAGUUCUGAUCAAGAAGUUGCAAAUAAAGUCAAAGCUGGUCUGAAAAGCCUGAUUCCCACAUUGGAAAAAAACAAAAACACCAGCAAAGGAAUAGAAAUGCUACUUGAAAAACUGACUGCAUAAGUGGAAACAGUUGAGGACAAGUUGGAAUCAUUUUUCCUCUUCUGUUCUCCCAGUGUGGAAAAGAAGCGCUAGGGUCCGUCGUCCUGGUACUUUGGGUGCUCUUUACAUGUGUUUCUUUGUAUAAGAAUUUAUUUAUAAAAUGAUUUCUUAAAAUGGCUUUUUUAAAAAAAAAUCCCAGCCUUCUCCUUUAUCAUACUGGUAGUAAGCAAAUCACAAUGUAAAAGAUGUAACAGUCAUACACAGUGGGACCUACCAGAUGUAUAUGAAGUGGUUGCAUGCGUUGAUUCAGGGAAGAAGGAUGUCUUCAGUGGGCAGGAGUCUGAGAGGCUUCGUGAAAGAGGAGGAACCUGAGGAGGCCUCAAAGGAAGGCAGGGUGUGGUAAAGAAAGCCCCUGGGAGCACUUGGCGGGAGCAGUGAGGUGGACGUCAGGGAGCCUCAGGGCAUGAUGGGCCCAGGGCGGGGGUCCUCUACAGGCAGGGCAGCUGCACUCCCAGCCGCCUUAUGGAUUGGGCUCCACGUUAGAUUUUGUUUGGAACAAGCCACUCCAGUAUGUUAAAACUUGUAGGGAACAAGGUGCCUAGAUGAAUUGGGGUCACAGUGGGUAGUAGUGUCAUGGUCAAGGUCAUAGGGAAAAUCGCCUUGCCUUCGGAACUGGGCCUUCCAAGUUCCAAUAAGCUCCUUGUAAUGAGACUUUCUCUCUUGGGACUUUCCCUAAAGUAGUUGAAGCCUAUAGGGUUUGAGUGAGAAGAAAGGAGUUAAUAGUGCAGAAGUUUGAAUUUAAGUGCAAGUAGGAUGGAUGUUUGAGUUUUAAAACUAUACUUGGCUUCCCAGCAAGAAGGCUUGAAAGGAUUGGUAGAUCAGUCAGGCUCCCGGGGCCCUGCCGGUGGUGACCUGACUGCUUUUGAUACGGGGCCGUCGUGCUUUCUCUCAGCAGACUGCUGUCACCGGACACCCACUCGGGUCUGUGACAGAUACCUCUGAGGAGGAUGGCUGUGCCUUUCCUGACCAGACUGCGGGGUCCCAGGACUACUCCCAACACACAAGCUCCCAGGACUUCACCUGCCACCCUCUGUCCUGCUGGGUACAUUGAGCUAUCAUUCUCUUCUGGCCUGGAUUCUCCCCAUCCCCCGACCCUGCCAGGUCUCAGGGUGGAGGCGGACAGCUGGGGAAGCUGGGGACAGGAUGAGGAGGUAGUGGGGAAAAGGCAACAUUAGAGCUUGCUCUUGUUUGACUAAUAUAUUGUCACUAUCCUUUUUAGACAUUUCCUUUUUUAACUUCCUAAUAUAGGAAAUUACAGAUGAAGGCUUUUCACCACCACUGUCCCCCUACUUCUUUUCUCCCUGUCUCCCCAAUAGAAUUGCCUCAUUUUUGAUAAAUCAGUGUUCAGUUUAUAUGAUUAUGCCGACAUAAAUUGUUAAAUACUGAAGGAAGUAGUGAAAUGUCAUUACAUUUCCUACACCAUUUUUUUUUCCCCUGGAAUUAAUAAUUACCUCACUUGUUUUCAUUUGCUUCCUUUUCUACAUUUCUGUUAUUAAUUUUUCUCAAAUUGUCCAUCAGAAUUGUGUGAACUCUUUUCCUCUUUCUUCAGCCUGGCGAGGCUCCUGCGUUACUGGUGUCCAUCCCUUUCCACUUGGCUCCUGUAUUCUGACUAGUCUCCUUCAGUGUUUCCCAUUCAGUGUCCCUCGAGGGAGUCAUAGAUACAUUGAGGUUUUAACAGCCUCAUCUGUUACUCCACUGGGCCAUACAAACUUUCCCCUUGUGUGACCUACUACUGGGGCCCCCUUCCUGAAGUCAGUGAUGGAUUUAGGAAGGAGCCUGGCCGAUGAACCUUAGAAGAAAAGUGUCUUCCUGGGGAAGGUUCCUUAGGUCGCAGACUCAAAAGGAACAGAGCCCCUUUCCUGCCGGCAGACUUGAGUAUGUGCAGAAAGCAUACUGAGGAUGGCUGAGCAAGAAGGUGAAAGAAUCUGGAAUUUUGAUGCUGAGCUGCUGAAUAAAUCAACUCUCGGAGCUGCCCUCCUGAAUUUCCUGUUAUGUGAGAGAAGAAACUUUCUUUUAUCUUUUAGGCCAUUUUGAGUUGAAUCUUUUAGAGACUUGCAGCCAAAAAUACACUAACCUGUCUCUGAAUACUAAUUUCUACAGUAGCACAUCAGGUCACCUGGGAGCCACUGGCUGUCUGGGUAUCUUUUUUUUUUUUUUUAAUAUUUAUGUAUUUUCUGGGAGGAGAUAAUUAGGCCUCCUUAUUUAUUUUUGGUGGAAGUCCUGGGGACUGAACCUCUGGGUGUCUUGAAGAACUGCAGCAUCUCCAUCCUCCUCUCCCUGGGCCUUUUCUUCAUGUCUUCUCUGGGAAGCCCAUUUCUAGGACCCCAUGGAUUUCAUUUUUCUGCUUAGCAUUCUCUUUUGAAUGGGGCACAAUCUCCAUGAGCUUCCGGAGAAAGAAUGCACAUGAGGUAAAAUUUUAAAGUCUGAAUGUCUUUAUUCUCCCCUUUCAUGCCUGGGCACCUGGAUGUAAAAUUCUAGUUUAGCUGGAUAUAAAAUUCUAGUUUGACAUUCAGUUUGCCUCAGAGCUUUGAAGGCGCUGGCCAGUGUUCUGUUUGGCCCACAGAGUGGCUGUAGAAGUCCAGUGCCAUCCUCCAUGGGCUUUUAUGUGUGGCCUUUUGGUGGCGGGAGGCGUUUCUCUGAAAGGUUUCAGGACCUUCUUUAUCCCUGGCUUUCUUGUAUUUCAGAAUAAUGUGCACUGGUGUGUGUUGUGUGUGUUGUGUGUGUCUGCUCUUCAUUCUUCAUGCUGGAUGGGUCCUUGAGGAACUUAGAGAAGCCCUUCUAUCUGGGGGCUGUAUUUGUGUUGUCUCCUUAAUCCCCCCCACACAUACACCCCCACCUGCCUUUCUCUGUCCUUCUCUUUGAAACUCCUAUUUUUCAGAUUUCAAAUGUUGAUUUGGUCCUCUAAUUUUCUUUUUUCAAUUCUUUGGCUUUUUGUUUUGCUUUCUGGAUGAGAUAGCACCUCCACUCUCUCUACCAGCCAUUCCAGUGAAGUGCUCUUUUCUUGUUUCUUGAAUGAAAUACCUCUUUGGCCUCUGGGCGUGUUGUAUUUUCUGUUUCUUUUGUUAUGUUUUACUUUGUUUUGUCUCUUUUCUGCUGGCUGCACUUUUUAUUUUGAUCUGUCAUGUUUGAGACUUUCUGGGAGAGCUCUUUGGCUCUUCUUUAUAUAAUUAAGACACUAGAACCUGAUCAGAAAGGGGGCAGCCUGUCCAUUUCUCUGGACUGCUGACUGUUCAUGGCAUAGGUGACCAGGCGUGGAUGCUGUUUCCCUGGAGUCCUCCACAUUUCAGGAUCUGUAGGCCUUUUGUGGGGCCAUCAGUGCCUCCGAAGGGAAAUGCAGCUGGUAGUCAGUACUCUGGUUGCUCAGUGGUCAGUGUGCAGAACCUACCUGCUUUGACUGCAGUGCCUGUCCCUCGUGCUCUGUGGUACAUCCGGCCCCCUAGUCUAGAGAUAUUGAACCAACCUGAGUCCACAAAAUAAACUCUCAGCCUUCUCUCUGCCAGUGUGUGGAGGGCUAGUCAACCAGCUUUAGCCAAUCCCCCUGUUUUCCAUCCCAAGCCUCACCCUGUCUUCUGGCACUUUGCACCUCUAAUUGCUGGGAUUUUCUGUAGAUCAGAGUGAGAAUUAACGUGGUUCUCUGCACGUGCUUGGUACUCAGCUUUCUCAGCGCUGCUGCUUUCUCCGUGGCUUCCUCCUCUUCCAGGUGUUUGUUGCUGUUGUUCACCCACUGAUGGCUUCUCUCCCUCACUUGGUUGUCUUGACUUUAUACCAUGUUUAUUCUUAGCAGAAAUCCAGAAAUGGUUUUAACCAAAUUAAAAACAACCUUCCUGGCUAAAUGAAGGAUAUGUUAUCUUUGGAAAGGCUUACUGGAUUUGAGAAAGCCUUUAAUUUUAAAAUUUACCUUUGUAGUUUUCAGAUUGCACCAACCCCGUGCUUUCGCCAGGGAUCAGACAUUGCCUAGAAGGAAGGAGAACUUGCUUCCCCUUGAAGCCCAUGUUUUAAGUAGUGUGUGUUUGCCUACAGGGAUGAAGCUUCCUGCAUGUCUGAACUCAAAGGAUUGGCUCUUUACGAUAGGAGAUAGCACUUCUGUUGCUAUUUGCAAUGAAAUUUUGAAAAGGUUACAUCUUAAUUAUAGCAGAUUAGUCACUUUUAAGAGUAUGUCUAGCAAAGAUAAGGGUGUGUGUGUAUUUUUAGAAUAAUGGUUAAGGGAGAACAAGGUCUCAAAAAAAGCAACAGCUAAUACUGAACCGCUAAUGAAACAAUUUCUAGACCAAAAUUUAAUGAACUCAGAUGAACAUAAAAAUAUGCCUCUUGAACUCUUUUCUCACCUAUGAAAUUGUUUAACCUAAGUAAACUACGUUUAUAAUCAUCUCCAUCUGUUACAGGCUGAAUUAAUUGUGUCUCCUUCAAGUUUGUGCGUGGAAAUCUUAGCCUCUCUCCACCCCUCCACCCCCCCAAUACCUCAAAAUGUGACCAUAUUUGGAGGUAGAGUCUUUACAGAGGUAAUUAAGGUAAAGUGAAGUCAGCUGGGUAGACCCCCGUCCAGCAUGACUGGUGUCCUUGUAAGACGGGAUCAGGACGCACACAAAGAAGAUCGUGUGAAGACCAGAGAGGAGAUGGCCAUUCACAAGCCAGGGAGAGGGGGCUGCAAGUGGAGUGAACCCUGCUGACCCUGCACCUUGGACCUUCGGCCUCCAGAAACUGUGAGGAGAGAAGUUUCUGUUGUUGAAGCACCCAGUCUGUGGUGUUUGUUACACAGUCCUGGCAAACUAAUACACCACGUUUCCUUUUCGAAAUGUAAAACCAUCACCAUCUGUGUGCCCCCAAAUUCCCUAACCUUUUUCCCAGUUGCAUUCUUAAGGGUUUUAUAUGAACAGUCUUAACCAGGAGAUAGAUUGUGUUCUUUGGGUUGCCUGUCUUAUAUGAACAGGGGCUACGUGGCUGUUGUGCUCGGCAUUCCAGAGUGUGCAGACACUGAUUGCUGUGUGCACGUUUGCACCCAGAACAGCACCUUGGAAGAUGGUGCCGAUGUUUCCACUCCCUUCCCUGUGAAGGAGUGGUGUUCGGAAUCUUUCAUCAAAAUGUUUCCUAAUUUUUAAACAGGGACUCUGCCCACUGCUGAAUGUAAGUGGAUGAAGACAGCUUCACAAACGUCGUAAUGAGAAAUUUUGGCCAGCGCUCUCUUGUUCUUAGGGGAAUUCAUCCUGUCCUGGGAGCAAAUGAUAGUUCUUAGUUGUGCCUGAUAUGUGACAGCUACUUAAGUGGAAGGUGAUGGGAGUCUGGUAAGGUGGUGAGAAUCGUCUGACUUUGUGCUCUUGAUGACUGUAAUUAAGCAUAAGAAUAAUUUAGAUGUUUUAAAUGACUUCCAGAUGCUUGAAAACAGACUCUCCUUUUAGAUAGAAAUCGUGCAUGUAAAAGUCCUGUUCUUAUUGAUAAACCUGCCGGUAAAGCCAUCGGCCUGCUGCUAUUACACUCAACGUAGGCAGUGAUGGAAAGAAUAAACCUGAUUUUUAAAGACCUGUA